AUGUUGAUCUCCGGGAUGCUGGUAACCGGUGCGCCGCCGUCCGUUGCCGCGUCGAGGGCCAUGUCUCUGCCGCUCUCCUCAAGCUGGGUCGGCGGCGGCGAGCGAGGAUUGGCGGUGUCCUUAGGCGGCGAGGGGCCGGCAAGGAGGACGAUGGCGGCGGCGGUGGAAUGCUCCUCCAGACCGCAGAAGAAAGCCACCGCUCACCACAGGAAGACCAGGCCGAAGAAGACGCAGCCGUGGGACGUGCGCCGCAAGGGCCCCACCGCCUACGCUCCCCUCCCCAAGCUUCCUCCCGACUGGUCUCUGGCCUCGUCAUCUGACAACCCACAAGAGGACAUGGCCCCUUCCGCCACCGCAUCUUAG